AUGUCACGCAAUCGGAAUACAGCGUCCAUAUCUCCAUCUCAACCACUUAUUGAUGCGACAGAACAAGCUUCUCACGAUGAGGGUGAUGUUACUACCGUUGGGAGAAAUGUGUUGAUACAGGGUCUGUUGCGCAUAGCAGACAUACGUUAUGAAAGUCAAUUUAUUCAGACAGGCUACAGAGCCUCUUCUAAUUCCAUCAAGAAAAGCGUCCGAAGUAUAUUAUCUAUACACAAUGAAACAGUCAAUAUCUGGUCCCAUAUCUUAGGGUGCAUUCUGUUUUUGGUUAUUCCGGUUUAUGUCUUUACGACUGAGAUCCCUCCCCGGUAUAAGGUUGCUACUCGCGAAGACAUCGCAGUACGCACAAUAUACUUCAUUGGCGUGACCAUAUGCUUCUUCUUAUCCGCAACCUGUCACACAGUUUCAAACCAUCCUUCUCAUGUCCAUCAUCUCAGCGUUCAAUUCGACUACCUCUGCAUCCUUAUUCUCAUGUACAGCGCCAUGAUUCCCCUUAUAUACUACGGUUUCGUCUGCGACCACUUUCUGCGUAAUAUGUACUGGGGCUUGGUGUCAGUUAACGCUGGAUUGUGCGCUCUAUCCACAAUGCAUCCGAGAUUUCGAACUGUCAAAGCUAAGGCUGUGCCUGGGAGAUUCUUCCCAGGAAGAUUCGACAUCGUGGGACAAAGUCACCAAAUACUUCAUGCUCCUGUCAUCGUUGCUGGCAUGAUGCACGUCAUGGGAUGCCUUGGUAAUUUUGAUUAUUGUCACGAACACGGACCCCGGUGUAUAUAG